CGUAAGAACAAACAAAAUACUCAGAGAUCUCAACAGAAAUUGUGGUUGAGAACAAGUCUUUCCACACUCCAUAUAGGUUAAAGAAACUACCAAACAAAUACCACUGCAAAAGCCAUUAACACCGGUUCCCGUUCUUCCUCUUUCUGCAUCUCCGUUCAAUUUCACCGCAACCUGAAAAAGAAACAACAACUUUGGUCCAUAUUAACCUUUUUUUCAUGCAAAUAUUGAACACUGUAGGGCUUUAUUGCCUAAUAUAGUAUAUCUAAUUCUGGGUAUAUUAAAGGCAGCUUUGAGUUUUUGAAUUAAUGCUAGCUGUGUCACCUUUGAGAAACACAACUAAAGAUGAGAACAAAGGAGAGAUGGAGAGUUAUACUAUCGACACACAAGAAUUUCCUGACUUCUCAGACACGAACUUACUUGAUAGUAUCGAUUUUGACGAUCUUUUUUUGGGCAUCAACAACGGUGAUGAGUUGCCGGAUUUGGAGAUGGACCCGGAACUCCUCGCAGAUUUCUCCAUUAGUGGCGGAGAAGAAUCGGACAUUAACACAUCAGUUUCUGUGGAAAAAGCUGAGGAUAAUUUGAAAAGAGAGGAGGAAGACAAGGUGUCGGGUUCCGGUUCCGGUUCAGGUUCAGUUUCGAGUAAAGGAGAUCAAGAGAUUGCGAGUAGAAGAGAGGAGCCUCCUUUAAAAACCUUCACUGAAGAUCAUGGAGACAAGGGAAGAAAAUCAUCGGCACAAGCAAAGAACAAUAAUCAAGGGAAGCGAAAAGUGAAGGUGGAUUGGACGCCAGAACUGCACAGGAGGUUCGUCCAAGCAGUGGAGCAGCUGGGAGUGGAUAAGGCAGUGCCUUCGAGGAUUCUAGAGCUUAUGGGAAUCGAUUGUCUCACUCGCCAUAACAUUGCUAGCCAUCUUCAGAAAUAUCGUUCACAUCGGAAGCAUUUACUAGCACGAGAAGCGGAGGCGGCAAGCUGGAGUCAGAGACGGCAAAUGUAUGGAGCUGCCGCGGCUGGAGGAGGAAAGAGAGACAUGAAUCCUUGGCUUGCACCCACACCCACCAUAGGUUUCCCUCCCAUAACUCCCAUGCACCACCACUUUAGACCCUUACACGUGUGGGGUCAUCCCACCAUGGACCAAUCUGUAAUGCACAUGCGGCCUAAACAUGUAAGCCACUCACCACCACCACCGCCUCCACUGUCAUGGGCUCAGCCUCGUCCUCCUCCACCACAUAUUGACCCUUCAUACUGGCACCACCAUCAUCACCAACGAAUUCCAAAUGGACUAAUACCAGGAACGCCUUGCUUUCCACAGCCACUUGCAACUACGAGAUUUCCUGCACCACCGGUCCCUGGUAUUCCACCGCCUCAUCAUGCAAUGUACAGACUAGAGCCUGGCAUCGGCGUUCCAACAGCAUCAUCAGGCCCCAAUCCUCUCGUCGACUUCCAUCCGUCGAAAGAGAGCAUAGAUGCAGCUAUUGGAGAUGUUUUAUCAAAACCAUGGCUGCCACUUCCUCUCGGCCUGAAACCUCCUUCUCUGGAUAGUGUGAUGGGGGAAUUACAGCGACAAGGAGUCCAAAAAAUACCACCCAGUUGCGCUUGACCCAUCCCUUGUAAGUUGUUUGUUCCAUUAAUGGUGGUUAUGAGGACACUCAACAACAAAAAAUUCGACGACAUUUCUUUACUUGAUGUAAACUUGAUCUAAAAUGAGAGUUUUUUCUCCUUACUUUCCCCUUUCUUUGCAGCUCUUGAUUACUGAGUGUUUGACGCUAAUAGUUUUUGUAACAGUUUCAAGAAUAUGAGAUAAUAAUAACUUGAGACUUCUAUACA